UCGCUGUAGUCGGAAAUUUUCGGCUUUCAUUUCGAAGACGACGGCAACUUAAUUUCACGGCGGGAACCGGGAUUCACCGCAACGGAGAGCUCACAUGUUGGCGGCGCAAAGAAUUCGAUCUUCAUCUGCUAUCUCUUCCACGAUUCGUUGUCUGCAGCUAUGGAAUAGAGGAGUUUCUGUUCGCAACCAUACUCUAUCUUCCUCCACCGCUAGCUCUAUCAACGAAGGUUUACUCGAUCUUCAGGAGGUCGAGACGAUUCUGAAUAACGUAAAGGCAGACGAUGUGAGAGUGAUACCAGUCCGUAAAGACUGUGAUUGGGCUGAUUACAUGGUGUUCGCCACUGGUAGGUCUACCUGGCAUGUCAAGAACAUUGCUCAAGCCCUAAUUUACAAGGUCAAGCAAAAGCAGAAAGGUGCUAGACAGUUAGUACUCCCCAGUGUGGAAGGGCAGGAGGACGGAAAGUGGAUUGUCAUCGACUCUGGUAAAGUAGUUGUUCACGCCCUGGAUGAGAAGGCCAGAACUUAUUACAAUCUGGAGAGCCUUUGGUCCACUGAUACACCGCAAGAUGAUUCUUCUCAGGAAUUGGACAGAGCUUUAGUGAAGAUACGCCGGAAGAACAACUCCAAAAAACCAGCACAAAAAGGUUCUAAACAAGUGAAAACACCCUCUUGAAUGAAGAUCUUAUGCCCCUGUUCUUUCCUUUAUGUAGACUUCAAAAAAGGAAAAGAAGAAGAAGAAUGGUACAGAUUCUUCAAUGUUCUUGGGAAUAUCGAUUUCCAUCUUGAUUCAUGAGAUUUUGUGACCUUAUUUUAUAUAUUUUUGAAAAUCAAAGUUUAUAUUUACCCUUUUUAAAACAA